UCCAUGUGUGGAGGAGAUUCCUGAGUGGUAUCUUUGAUAUUGACCAUUGGUAAAAGAUAACAAAAAAGUCUAUAUAAGUGUGGCGUCUCUCAACUCAAUGGUAUCACCAACCCACAAAGUUAAGUGAUAUGUCUGGUACUGAAGAAAUGUCAAAAGCUCUCAAAGCCAGUACUCCUGGUUUUUGCGAUAUGCCAUCUACCAUCGUUCGAGCUAGCAUCGUCCAGGCCUCCACCGUCUAUAACGAUACUCCCAAAACUAUAGAAAAGGCAGGGGAGUUUAUUGCGCAGGCAGCGAGUGACGGAGCGCAGCUGGUGGUGUUCCCCGAGGCCUAUAUCGGUGGCUAUCCUCGUGGAUAUAGGUUUGGCAUAGGGGUUGGCGUUCAUAAUGAAGCUGGUCGUGACUGUUUCCGCAGAUAUCAUGCUUCUGCCAUUGUAGUUCCUGGCCCUGAAGUAGACCAGCUGGCGGAGAUGGCUAGGAAAAACAAAGUGUACUUGAUGAUGGGAGCGAUGGAGAAGGAUGGGUAUACACUCUAUUGCACAGCCCUUUUCUUCAGUUCCGAAGGUCGCUUUUUGGGCAAACACCGUAAAGUCAUGCCCACAUCUCUGGAACGUUGCAUAUGGGGUUACGGAGAUGGAUCAACCAUCCCUGUCUACGACACUCCCCUUGGCAAACUCGGUGCUGCUAUUUGCUGGGAAAAUAGGAUGCCCCUCUUAAGAACUUCCUUGUACGGGAAAGGAAUUGAAUUAUAUUGUGCACCUACUGCUGACGGUUCCACGGAAUGGCAAUCGUCGAUGAUGCACAUUGCAUUGGAGGGUGGAUGCUUCGUGAUGUCGGCUUGCCAGUUCUGCAAGCGUAAAGAUUUCCCUGAGCAUGCCGAUUACUUGUUCACCGACUGGUACGACGAUCAACACCAAGAGGCUAUUGUCUCCCAGGGCGGUAGUGUCAUUAUUUCACCAUUAGGAAAGAUUCUCGCCGGACCAAACUUUGAAUCAGAGUGUCUCGUCACUGCUGAUCUUGAUCUUGGCGAUAUCGCACGUGCCAAGUUAUACUUCGAUGUGGUCGGACAUUACUCACGGCCAGAUAUAUUUAACUUGAGGGUAAAUGAGAACCAAAACAAACCGGUUACAUUCGUGUCCAAGUCGGUGAAAGCGGCGGACGACUCAGAGCCUCAAGACAACUAAUCAGAGAUAUAAAGGUUGUUAAUGCCAGCCAUAUGUUAUUGUCAGUUCAAAUAAAUCUGUUUGAGAAACUAUGUUAAGUUUGUUUAUCCUUAUAAUAAUUUAAAAGACCCGGCUGGACAUGGUUUGAUCUAUCGUGUCUGAUAAAACCAAUCGGUUUAUUUUAAGUUGAAA